GGACGGCGCGAGCGGCGGCGGCGGCGGGGGAGCAGGCGGGGGGCGGCGGCGGCGGCAGCAGAGGGGCCGAGAGCUGGCGGCGGAGGCGGUGAAGGGCAUCGGCGGCGGCGGUGAUGGCAGCACUGAUCUGAAGAUGGAAAGAGCCAGGCGAAGGGGAGGCGGCAGUGGCCGCGGCCGCGGCGGCAAGAAUUUAGGGGGCUCUGGCCUAAGCAAGAGUAGGCUCUAUCCCCAGGCCCAGCACUCCCACUACCCCCACUACGUGGCUUCAGCCACCCCUAAUCAGGCUGGGAGCGCCACAGCCGAAAUCCAGGAGCUGGCCUCCAAACGAGUGGACAUCCAGAAAAAGAGGUUUUACCUAGACGUGAAGCAGAGCUCCAGGGGCCGGUUCCUCAAGAUAGCCGAAGUCUGGAUAGGGAGAGGCCGGCAGGACAAUAUCAGAAAGAGUAAACUGACCCUCUCCCUGUCUGUGGCAGCGGAGCUGAAGGACUGUCUCGGUGACUUCAUCGAGCACUACGCCCACCUGGGCCUGAAAGGCCACCGGCAAGAGCAUGGCCACGGCAAAGAGCAAGGCUCCAGGCGGAGACCGAAGCACUCGGCAUCCUCUCCACCAGUCUCCGUGGGGUCCGAAGAGCACCCUCACAGUGUCCUCAAAACAGACUACAUUGAGAGGGACAACAGGAAAUAUUAUCUAGACCUAAAAGAAAACCAACGGGGCCGCUUCCUAAGGAUUAGACAAACCGUGAUGCGGGGGACAGGCAUGAUAGGUUAUUUUGGCCACAGUUUGGGCCAGGAACAGACUAUCGUACUCCCAGCACAAGGAAUGAUUGAGUUCCGUGAUGCCUUGGUUCAGCUCAUUGAAGACUAUGGAGAAGGGGACAUAGAAGAACGAAGGGGUGGAGACGAUGAUCCACUUGAACUCCCAGAGGGGACUUCUUUCAGAGUGGACAAUAAAAGGUUCUACUUUGAUGUGGGCUCUAAUAAAUAUGGAAUUUUCCUGAAGGUAAGUGAGGUGAGGCCACCUUACCGUAAUACUAUUACUGUUCCAUUCAAAGCUUGGACAAGGUUUGGGGAGAAUUUUAUCAAGUAUGAAGAAGAGAUGAGGAAAAUUUGCAACAGCCAUAAAGAAAAGAGAAUGGAUGGCAGAAGGGCCAGUGGUGAAGAACAAGAAUGCCUCGACUAGAGUGAAAUUGAACUCCACCAGGCAAAAUUUAAAAUCACAAAUUGGCUAAAAGUACUGAUCCAUAAUCAUUUGAAGAAGUUUUUCCUCUUUUCUGGCCCUUUGUUAUUAGUAAUACCUCUAAUAGUUUAUACUUCAAGGAGUCUGAUUCUCAUAUUAUACAUAGAACACUAUAAUUCUUAAGAGAAUUCCAACCUUACCAGAGCUAAAUAGCUUAGUUGCUUCAACUGCUCCAGACUAUUGAAGUAUGCAAAUCAGCACAAAAUGUGACAUUCUGACCUUCUAAAUACCAUAACUAAGAUUUACAUUGCACUAUGACAUCAUCCUAAAAAAAAGAUACAUAUACCUAAUAUGGAAGUGUGAAUUUCUAUUUAAUAAGUUCCCCAAAAAAGUAUUCUAUCCCUACUUCAUUAAAAGCUGCUAAGCUUACCUGUAGGACAGUUACCACAGAAACAGAAAUUGACCUAAAAUAUAGUAUAUGUUUAUUUAUAAAGGUACUAGUAGAAAUAUAUUGUCCACUGGAUAACUGAAUAUUAAACAAGUACUAUUAAGGGAUCAAAUCUUAGAGUUACUAUAAUAUUAUAUAAUUUCAAAUUUUGUGGUAACCCUACAGUUUAUAGUUGCCAUAUCAAAGCCAUGGGAGAGUUUUAAUUGGUUAUUCUAAGCUAGUUAGGAUCCCAUCUUCACCUCUGCUUAUUGUACCAUAUAUUGUUACUGACUUUUCAAAGUUUCAGGAAUUACUUUUAUGUCACUGUUGAGUGGGAGGCUUCAACCUAUGGCUUCGCUAUGGAAAUCUUGUUGUUUUAGCUUUUCAUGCUAAUUUGAAGGUUGUGAGAGGUUUUUUCCCCAAAAUAUAUUGUGGACUCAAGGUGUUAUAUUUUAUGCUGCUUCUUUAACACUAUUUCAGAGGGGUUGGUGCACCAGUUAACUGAUAUAAAAAUAUAUCUGUAAUAAUAUAUCUUAGUAGCACUUUUGCGAUCACUACCCUUAAAACCAGUCAACACUUCCAAUAUAAACCUGGAUUUUACAAGUAUUUUAAUUCCAGAAGAAAAAAAAGUUUUUCUAAAAAAGCAUUUAGAACACAAAUUUUCAGCCUAUGAGAAAUAUUAUUUGAAGAUUGGUUACCAACAUAUUUGAAAGGAAAAUUCAGGCAUUUUCCAAGGUGCUCUUUAUGAUACUUAAAAACGUUUACUUUACACAAGACUCACCCACUUACCUGUUUUAAAAAUUACUUUCCAGAAAGUGCCACAGCAAUUUUUCAACACCUAGGCAAUUUUUUAAACAAGUGGAUACAGUGUAUAUGUGUACCAACCCACCCUAUAUUAACUGACUGAAAUUUUAUCUGUUGAGCUGCAUUUUAUUCUGAAUGAAAUUACUGUCUUUUAUUUUGGCUUUAUUCACCUCUCACACAAGAAGUCCAUACAAUCAUAUUUAAGAGCCAGACACUGAUUUCAACCCCCAAAUAUAGCUCUCAUUGAUGAGAGCUGGCUGCAUGGAUUGAGAUCAGAAUGUAGCUCUUCUAUGUCAUAAAUAAUUCAAAAUUACUUUUACCCUUUUUUUCCUCCAGAGGUUUGUCCCCAAAUACAUUUAAGUAAGGUCACUAAGAAAAAAUUAUGGUAUGAUUAAGAAAAUUAAUUUCACUAGCUUAUGUUACUUCAAAACAAGCAAUCAGUAAGCCAGACAUCUAUACUGGUGUUGGUUUGCAGAUUGUAUUUCACAUUUCCUCAUGUAGUGUGAAGGAAUCUCUUUGAUUCACUAUAAUUGUGGACCAUCUGGAUCACUAUGGAACUGAAGGUUAGAAGAUAAUGUUAGUACUAGAGUUAAUAGCACAUGGUGGGUGUUGAGACUCUAAAAGUAGCAAGGAUCUUUAAACAGUCCUAACUGUAAAAUAACUAUUGUAGGCUUGAUAAAAAGUAGUUUUGGAUAUAUGAAGGAGUGGUGUGCACUUGAAUUACUGUACUACUGAUUGUUAUUGCUGCCCAUCAUAGUGCCUAUUAAUAAUAAUCAACCUGUCAGAUUUUACGAACUGGAGCUGUGAGUGUUCCAGUAUUUGAGUGUUCCUAUCACUAUUGCUGUGACUGUAUACUCUCUCUUAAAACCUUCCCUUCGAAGAUAUUUAUAUCCAUCAAGUCUAAAUGAUUUCUUUUUUAGUUUUUAGUCUGAUAAGAUUUGAGUGUGUGUGUCUAUAUGUGUGUGUGUGUGUGUUUAUACCUACACAUACAAUACUAUGUCAGACUUAAUAUCUUUAAUUCACUGUAUAUAAAUACUAUUAGUUUAAUUUCACAGUAAUUAUUUAAGUAAAAAAUUAGUUAAGCAGCCAAAUUUUCUACACUGUAUGUAUACUUCAAAGUUUUUACCAUCUCAGAACUACAGAUUGGAUAAAUGCAAAUACACUGGCAAAUGACUAUACUUUAAAAUCAUUAAGCCUUCUGCCAGUCCUUUUGUUUAAUUUUUUUUCAUAGUUAAUGUAUUCAUUGAGAAACAAAAGGAUAUUAUGAUUUUUUGAUAGUUAAAAUGCCCAAUCAUUCAUUAGCCAUAAUCAAAUAAGACCCAGUUCAAAACUCUGGUAUUAAGACAUGUAUUGCCACGUAUCUUAUAAAAUAAGCUACUCUCCUUAUCUGUGCAAUAUACAUUUUAUUUAUUGUCAUUUAUAACAUAAGUGGAGCUGCAAGUAUACAUGGUAUUCUUCAAAAUAAUACGGUCCCUGCCUUGAAGAAAUUAAACUCUAGAGGCAACUGGAUGUUGGAAGUAAAAAAAUAAGCAUUAAAGUUAGUAACCAAAAUAACUAGUUCACUGUAUAAUUCUGAAAUGCUGAUGAUGUUUGCACAUAAUAAUCUAAGCAUAAUGUGGUACAGACUCAAAACUGUAAUAAUAUAAGCUAAUAGUAUGAAAUUUGGAAACGGGUUCCUUAUAAUGGUUGGCAGUGUGCUCCUAGCAAUUAAAGCAGCACUAAUCUGUUGCUUAUAUGCAAAAGAUGCAAUGUAUUAUAAAAGUAUUAAAGUUCUGCCACAUUUUAUAAUUUUCCUCGUUAAAGCCCCAAACUGCCAUGUCCCUUAAACUUGAGUCAAACACAAGCUUAUUUGCACUAAAGAGCAUGGCCAAAAAAUAAAUGACAGGGUGGAAAAGCUAGUUAGAACCUCUUUAAAUAAUUGGUUCUAAUGGAAGAAUUUCACAUUUGUCUAUUUGAAAGCUAUAUGGUCCAGGCAGACAAUCUGUCAGUUCACUAAUUUAAUAAUGCACUUUACCUUUUGUAUAUAGAAGAUGUACAUUUAUGCCACAUGACAGGGGUGUGUUUCAAUAACUAUGUUAGAAUCUGUAGGGUGAUCUCUUGCAUGCAUAUGUUUGUGUUGGGACUGCUGUACUAACAAGUUUCCAUGAAUCAGUGUAAUGGAGAAGGGUAGAAGAUGCUUUUGAAACAAAUGCCAAUACAUUUAACAAAGAAUUUUAAGUAGAAUUCCUAUUUGUAUUCCUAAGGCCUAGAAUCAGUAAAAACCUUUUCUAGCCCAAAUGAGUAUUACAGUUGAGACUAUAUAUAAUGGAGACUCCCUAUAAUACCCUGAAAGUUCAUUUUGGAAAUUUGUGCCCACAAAAUUCUUUUAAUGGUUCUGUUUCAUUGUCGAUGAGUGUUUAAAUAACUAAUGAAAAGACAGUACAUGGUACUGUAUUAGAAUUAAAAGUGUGAUUGGCUACUAUGAUUAAGAAAACAUCCAGCCUAAAGAAAGUUUCAGAUUAAGGAAAUACAACAACAUAAAAACAAUUGCUGAAACAAACAUGAUAUUAUUUCAGAAUUUUCAGGAGAACUAACUUUCACCAACCAAAAAGGGUAUUGGGGGAUUUAGUGUAUCCUUCCAUCCUAAAAAGUUCCUAAGAUGUACAUUUGAAAACUGGAUAAUUGUUGCUUAAUAAUAGGUUGUAUGUACUUUACUACGAAACACUGUGUACUAACAAUUUGAGAUAUGCUAUAUUUACUGCAUUCAUUUUCUAUCUAUGGAUAAGAAUACAUUAUAUAUAGUCAUCCUAUCUUACUAUAAUGUAUUUAUACUGUAAUUUUGCAAAUAUUUUCAGUAAAAUAAACAUUUAUCUGAGCUGCACAAUUUGAAGAGGAUGAAAUUGGAAUACACCCUCAGACACUCACUUUUAAUAAGCAGCUGCCAAUGAAAGCUGAUGUAUGUACUAUCAUUCCUUAAGAUUUUGUUUCAUGGUUUAUUUUAACACUUAAAGGAAUAGGACUUAAUUUGAAUUUUUAAGUGGUGUUCUGCAUAUAAUUUUUUCAUAAAUGUGAGAGUUUUUUCCUGUUUCUUUCCAAAUAUCUCUCUUUGGAACUAUUUGUAAAAUCCUAUUACAAGCUUUAGAUAGGGCUUCGCUUAGUUGCCAUACAGUUUGAAGUCUGUCUUUACCACACGAAACAUCUUUGGCCGGAUGAAAUCUAAAGUAAACCAUGAAGAGAAGUUAAAAUUGAUUUCCAUGCCAACAGAAUAACACAGGUAUAAUAUUUAUCACUGCCAAAUAAAAUUCUUAAAAUCUUUCUGAAACUUCUUUAAGGAUUUGACUUUCAUAGACAAAUGGUGGCUUACGGCUAGCCCAUCCGAGGAAGACAAUCAGGAUGUUAGCAUACUGUUGAGACAAUCCAGUCUACGAUGCUGUAGCAGUAAGAUAUAGGGAAAUGUGUUUUUCCCAAUUUUAUGUCACAUGAAAGUUGAGUUUUUAGAUUACAGUUAUUCUGUUAUAAAUAUACUGAAAUUAAUGUAAGUGGAUCUUAGAAAAACAAGGUAUGUUAGUAUAUUUUCUUGUAUAAUGUAAAAAAAUCUUUUAUCUUAAUUUGACAUGAUUUUUUAAAUUAAACCUAUUUUAAUAGUGGGUUUUUAAUCAAUAUUUUUGAAUAGGGAAAGUUAUAUAUAGUACAGAAUUUAAAUGCUACAGAUAGGUAGACAGUGCAAAGUAGCAACUAAUGUUAAAAAUUUUUGUGUAUCCUAGAGUUCCUGUGCUUAUAAAAAGCGUAUGUGUAUAUACAUAAAUUCUUUUUAAGCAUACAAAUGAAAACAUGUCAUAUACACUAUCCUGUACCUAGCAGUAUCAAUUUUUGUUUGUUUUUGUUUAUUAAAGUAUCAUUGAUAUGCAAUCUUAUGAUGGUUUCAAACACACAACACAGUGGCUCAGCAUUCACCCAUGUUAUCAAGUCCUCACCCCCUCCAUUGCGGUCAUGUGUAUCAACAUAGCUGUAUAGUCAUUAACUGUAUUCUCUGUGCUGUAGUAUCAAUUUUAGGUCUGUCAUUUUAAGUGAUUUUUUUCCCUUUUACUUAGACACCAUACUUGAUCUAGUUAACAUAGCAUUUAAUUUUAACUAUAUUAUUACACCAAGGGAACCUCAAGGAACUUUUAAUGAAUCCCAUUGGUGUUUACUUAAAAUGCAAAUAUAUGUAUAAACUUUAAAUGUAUAAAUAUUCAGUAUCCCUUCCCUAUUCCUCACAACCUUGUCUGCCAAUCUUCCCCUUUCUCAUUCUCAGAAAAUAAUUGAUCUUUUUCCUCAAGUAUUACAGUUUAGGAUUGGCAGGAUAUUAAACUAUUUAACUAAGUGUUAUUUUAAAUUAACUAUGUUCUCUAAUGAAAAACACCCAUAUUUAAAAGCUUUAACAAAUACCACUGUCAAUUUUUACUAAUUCUGCUACUAUUAUUUUAUUUUUAUCCAAAGACCUUGCCAUUAUAAGAGCAAAUGAGUACUGGAACUAUAGUGGAAGGUGAUGUUACGACUCUAUUGAAAUAUUUUGAUUUAUUAACAUGAGCUUUUAUCUUUAUGAUGAGAAAGGUACAAAGUUAUUGAUCAAUUAUUCAUUUCACAACUUUGUCAAAUCCUAGGCUAAACAAAGAGCUAAUACUAGUCCUGAUUGUUUAAAACAUUGAUUCCCCAUUGAAAAACUCAGAGUCUGUCAAGCGUUUUUAGGUCAGGAUGGGCUAUUAUGAUGAUUUCGGGAGAGUAAAAUUUUGGAAGCUACAAAGUUACAAGUACAACAGAAACAUCUCCAUUCUCUGCUGGAAGAAUAUAAAACAGUAAAUACAAUUACUUAAAAAUGAAAUUAACAUAAUUUUUUAAUAGUUCCCCAAGCCCCUAACCCCCACCAAAGAAAUUAUAAUUCUCUUUUCAUUCAUAUGAAGAGUACAUUUAAAGUCAUUUCUCUAGUGACAACCAAAAAAAACAUCUGAAACAUUAAAGUUCCCAUACUUGAACCCUGAAGGAUACCGUCUAGUUAUAAAUUAAAGCAACCAGAGUAAAUGAUUCCAAUACUAUCAGGAAUAUAUCAAAGAAUAAUGUAGGUUGAGGAAGAAUUUUUUAAUAUGUAGGUAUCUGUUGAUUUUAUGAAAAUGUUAAAAGGCUUAAAAUAUUGAACAUUGGUUUAAACUUUAGAAUAAUACCUCCGUAAUUGAUGGUAUGAUUUUUUGUUUGUAAAAUGAGAGAAGUGUUGUUAAAAGAUAGGAUCCUCUUAAACAUGUAUUUUUAAAGCAUAAAAGAGUUUGCUCCUUUUAUUUUAAUGAUGAUCAACUCCUUAUUCUUUCCAGAAUCUUUAACAUUGGUAAAGUUUCCAGGUAUUUACUUGUUUAAGCUUAAAAUGGUUUAUAUGUAUUGUUCCUUAUUUAAAAAGAGGGAUUAAAAGAAGGGUAAAUUCACCUUUGGUAAUGAGUUUUGCUUAAAUUUGGGCUAAAAACAAAAAUUAAUAAUUUCCUAUCCUUAAUCAAGGAGUUGCCCAUGUUGGUGCUUUCUAAUAAACAAUGCUUUCUUAAGUUUACCUUCUUUUAAUAUCCCCUGUGAGAAAUUACUUAUUUUUACUGAGGCCAGUGGCAUCUACCCGUAAAUUAAAAUUUACUCAUAAUGAAAUUAGCGCUGUUACAAUGCAGUUAAUUUAGGAUGUGAAUUUGAAGAAAAUACUCAUUUAAAUGGAAUAUACAGUUUCUUCUUUAGUGUUGUUCUAAGGUAGAGUAAGAGAUGUUUGUCAUCUCAUUUCUCCCCCUUGUUCUCUAUUCAUUGUGUUCAUUGUGUUCAUUGUUCCCAGGUAAUAAUCAGGGUAAAGAAAAGGAAAAGUAAUGGCUAAGAAAAGUGUUCUUAGUAUUUAAAAGUUAGAGUUGCUCAAAGUGUAAGAUUGGGGGUGGGAGGGAAAUGCUUUCGUUGAUUUUUGUCUUUAUCAAAAUAAUAGUAUAAAUCUGAGUAUUUUAUUUGAUCUGAUUAAAGACAAUUUUUUUUAUCUGAGUCUCCUAUAUUCAGAAAUAUUUAGUAUUCUCUUUUUCUUAGAGAAAAUGGUUCAUUAGGGUAAUGCUCUUCUUCAGAAUUUUAUUAUUUGUUGUGGAUUUGAUGAGGUUGUCACCUAGAUAAAGCAAAAUAUAAAAGAAGAAAGGACAAAGGUAGUGGCUAAUUAUUUUGCUUACCUAUAACAAAAGAAAUCAUUCUAACGGAAAUGAGAGAAAUAAGUCAUUCUCAAAACUAAAUCCCUAUUUAUUUAAUAUUAAAAGAGCAUUUGAAAAAGAAUAAGACCUAAUUCUGCCAGUGUGUGGUCUGACCCUGAGCAAGUCAGUUAACUUGUGCUGGAUGGCUUCCUUAACCUGAAGAAUGAACAAGAUUGUGCUAGAAACUAAAGUUCCCUCCCACUCUAAACUUUUAAAAUUUGUAUCAAUGGAGUGUGAAAGAAAAAAUAGAUUGAGAACUCCAAGAUUGGGAAGUAUGAGUACAAAAGUCUCUCUUUAUAUUAAAAACAACCAUAAUAAUACAGCAGCCUGUGAUGACACCCAAAAGAACAUACAAACAUGUCAGCUUUAUCACAUGUAUAUAUCUCUUUAGUCCCACAACAUGAAAUUUUAUUUUAAGACCAAAUUGUUAGAUCCUAACUAUAUAACUAUCCUAUGCUUUAAUUUUUUAAAAACAUUUUUAUUACCUAUAUGUGGUCUCAUUCUUUGAAAGCAUCACUUGUUUUCUACACAUCCUGUAAUCUUUUUACCUACUCCACCUGGCAAAAGAAUUUUUUAAAUUAACAUCCCUUCCUGGAAUGUCAUUGUUCCUGAAGAAACCAUAAAAGUUCAUUUCCUAAAUAAUACACUAUAACUAUCACUGAGAAUCAAGUACUGCCCCAGACCCCUAUUUCCUCAGUCCUACUGAAUAUCCUAUGUUACAAAUAAUGAUGUUUAACAAAGAAAAUCAGGAAGGACACUGAAGCUCUGUACAGUAUGGUUCUACUGUAGAGCACCUGUAAGUACUAGGGUACAAACGUAACACAUCAGAGUGUGUGUGUGUCUGUGUUUUAGCCCUGAAAACUUCAGAGGUUGAUGACUGAAGGGGAAAUGAAAAGCACACAAGGUGUUUUGUCCUAGAAGCAUUUCUUCAGGAACACUGUCCUCCAGCAUAUGCGGUGCCACCAACACUGUCCAUAGAGGGGGCCGAAAAGGAGCGACACCAUUCUGUCUAGACCUCUCUUUUUGGUGCCUAUUUGUUUCAUCAAAACCAGUAUUUAAGAGUAACUAACCAAAGUGUAUUUUGAGAUGCAUAUACCCAUGUGUAUGUUCUUAAUUUCAAAAAUAUCUUUGCACAUGAAGUUCCACUGUAGAAACAUUCAAUGUAAUAAAAUGAUCUUUUACCUGGCGGUGGAUCAUGACAGCAAUCUGGCUGGUCUCUCCUCAAUAGAUUGUAGAGUGAAUUGGCUGUUGCAGAAAAUGUUUCUCUCUUCUCCCUCUCCUCAAAAUAGCAGAUACAUUUUAGGUUCUUGAUUGCUGCUGCUUCUGUGUUGUUUGAAAUCUAAGUGGGCUGUGAGGGAAGAGUUUGCUUUGGCAGUUCUUUUUUCCCUUGCCCUUUUGCGGAAACCAUCCUCAGCUUCCCAUUUCAAACAUUCCAGGCAACUUUACCAAAAGAGCACACCCUAAGGCCAAAACUGCCCUGCAAAGGAAACAAAAGAACCAUACGAUAAAUGAUUUAGGAAUGAAGAUAAGGAUGUGUGUGAGCACCUAGAUACAAAACAUUCCUCACCAUCUGCUAAUUUACUUCAGUAGCUGUUGCAUUUUAUUUCUAGGCUCUUCAGACUAGCAGUGUGAUUUAUACCGAUCAUUGUCAGUCUAGAAUUUCAACAGGACAAAAUAUUUUGAAGGUCUGGUUGAGUUUUUUAUAAAUUGUAUCUCUUGCUUUUUAGUCAAUUCUUCAAAGAAAGUAAACCAUGCUAUAAUCAGGUGUAAAAACAGAAUUAUAAAAUUCCAUCACUCAUGACCUUCCUCUGUGUGCCCUCCCUCGCAUAUACUGUUCCCUGUUGGAAGUGGGUAAGAACACUUAGUUCUUUCACUACCACCAUGGCCCCACUCCAUCCUGUUUAUUUAUUCAAAUGACAUUUGAAACACAAUAAGGAAAGACUAAAACUGCUCUUUGAAAAUUCAAGUAUUUCCCUAUGGACUAGUUCUAUAGAUUCUCAGAAAGGAGGACUACUACUACCCUCAACUCAUCUCAACACUCUUACUGCAUUUCUAUAUAACAGUUUAGGAUGAAUAGAAAAAUAGAGAACAUUUUCACUUGGGGUGAUAGGGACUGAAAGGUUAGUUAAUUCCAACUUUUCUCUACACAAUGGGUUUCAGAAAAUAUUUUGACUAGCAUGAUUGACAGGAAAUUUCAGAAAUGAACUUAGCCUCUAGUAAAAUUGUACCAUGACCAUUUUUAAAUUGAAGGUGGUACUAAUAACUAUUAUUAUUAAAUACCUACCAUAAACUAGGGAUUGCUGGGCCCCUUAUAAAUAUUUCUAAUCCUCCUAACCCUAUUAUCAUCCCCAUUUUAAUAUAAUUUUCCAGAGGUUUAGAAACUGGUUCAGUGUUUCAGAACUAAUGCAUUUAAACCCAAAUUGACUCCAAGCCAAACACUGUUUUCAUUCAGUUAGGCCGGACUGCCUUUAAGACUUCCUCUGAAAUUUAAUCCUCUGACUAAAAAAGCCUACCCCAACCACCACUGGUCUGCCUCAGAUUUCUGGGAAUUACUUUAUCUAAAACUAUUCCCUAUACAUGGGGCUAGUACAAGAAACACUUCUUAUGUGAGGAUUUAUCUAGUUGGUUAAAGUAUGGUGCUAAUAAAUACAACUUGCUUGAUCUAUAGUAUAGUUUACAGGUUGAACCUCUAAUCCUGAACAACUAUUUCAAAUGUCAAUCGUUUUUUAAAGGGAUCAGAUGAUGAGAGUAUUGAUGGAUCGGAUCAUCCCAAUUCUUCCUUUAAGGAGCAGAGAGGAGACAAGUUACCAUUAACUGUGGGUCUACAGUUUCAUUUUCAUGAAUCAAAAUCAACAAAUUAUAUUAAAUAGGUUUGAAAAUAAGUCAUUAAUAUUAGAAUUUUAUUGUUUGUGGCAACUUUCUCUGCCAUCUUACUCUUCCUACAUCACUCCAUUAAUUUUUAUAUUUAAUUACCAAGUUUCCUCCUCUUUUCCUUAACUCCAGCAGGAUAAAUUCAAAUAUUUGAGCUGACUGCCCUAUUUACAGAUACACAUUUUUCUCCAUUAUUUUAACCAGUGGUUUUCAAACUUGAGUGUGAUUAAGAAUCACCUAGAGGGUUUGUUAAACCACAGAUGGCUGGACCCCACCUCCAGAGAGUUUCGGUUCCGUAGGUCAUGGGGGGUCGGGGGUGAGGUUCCAAAAGUUUGUACUUCUAACAUGCUCCCAAAUGAACCUACAGUGCUGAUCUGUGGACCAAACUUUAAGAACCACUGCUCUAGGUUGGUCUGAUUUUACCUUAACUACAAAAGACAGUAAAAGAGAAAUUUGGUCAAAACAACUAUAGCAUCUUGGUAGAAAGAAAACUGUACUACUCAUUCUGCCUUGAGAGGUUUACAGAUCUUAAAACAAGCAACAUUUUUUAUAAACUGGCUAGAAUUU